UUUUUUUUAGAUUCAACAACAAUAAAUUAAAUGGUAAACUUCAUGUGAGAAUGCUUUAAUGAAGUUUACUCAAUAAGGAAUCACAUGCAUCUUUCUUUAUUCUUUACUUUCUUAUCAAUUCAACUUCUUUACUUCUUCAGUUUGUAGUUAACUGAUAAAAUUGUGUUUGCUUUUGUUUUCCCCCUUGGGGUAUGUUUAGUUAGGAUCAAGGAAUGGGAUUUUUUAGUAAGAAGUGAGAAAAUGAUCAAAGAUUACUUAAGAUUGCAGACAUAUGCAUAUGGGGAAUUUUCUUUUAAUGUAUUAUUAUUGUUGGAAGUCAAUUUGAGUUUAGUUUAAUCAUAUUUUUGUUGUUCAACAGCUCACUUGCACAGACAUCUAGGCAACGAAAAGAUCAGUAUUUAAGGUUACUGAAGAAAUGCUUCAAAGAAGCUCAUCGACCCCAGUUAUUGGAAACCUUGUCUUCCCUUCUACCGAUGGUUCAAAUAAAGAUCUUGAUGCUACUUACAGGUUACUUCAUGGAAAACAGGGGGGAAACCUCAACACCCAUUGUCAAGAAAGCCUCAAUUUGACAUCAUUUUCACGUAGUCCAUCUCCUGUGUCUCAUUCAACGUCAGGGUUGUUUGAAUUCGAUUCAGAAUCACCUAGUUUUUGCCUUACUCGCUUUCGGAGAGCUAAGUCUGAAGGAAGCUUAGAAAGAUCAGAUUACAGCUCUUGUGGUAUAGGUCAGUUUCUUGAUACCGGAACAUCGAAAGGAUCUUUUCAUAGGCAUCAUAUAACAAUGUUGCAUAGUGCACCAUCUUUUUCCAUAUUCAGUGAAGUGGUUGAAGAUGGACAAGUAGGGGAGGAGACAUUGGAGAGAACGGUUACAAUUGGUGAGAGCAUUGAUGCUGCGGGGAAUCCUGAUUUCUGCUUCCGGAAGAAGUGUAUGGAGUUAAUUCAGGAAGAGAAGGAGACGAAAAAAAGGAUCAAACCGAAUUCAAAUUCUUAUAAAGAUGAAGUUGAACUUGAGCCACCUAGUCCUCCCAUAUCUGCUGCAGGUCUUGGAAUUGAUUGUGUUGGCUUUAGUGCCAUGGUUGAUGGCAUUGAUUUAAGUUCCAUGGAGCUUGAUGAGACGGAAGAUCCUGAAGAGUUCAUAGGCGGGUUGAUGAGUACCCCUUGUCAUCCUUUGUUCCUAAGGAAUUAUGCUAAAUUCUUGCAGUCCAAGGGAGAUCUUCAAGGAGCCGAGGACUAUUAUCAUCGAGCAACGCUAGCAGAUCCCGAAGAUAGCGAAAUUCUCAUGCAAUAUGCCAAAAUAGUAUGGGAUCUUCACCAUGACAAAGAUAGAGCCCUUAGUUACUUUGAACGUGCUGUUCAAGCUUCUUCUCAAGAUAGCAAUGUCCUUGGAGCAUACGCUAGUUUCCUCUGGGAAAUAGGGGAUGAUGGAGAGGAACAUGGAGACCAGCAAGAAUACCAGAAGGUAAAACUUACUACCUGAAGAAACUAAGCCAGCUAACCUAUCCAUGCACCCUCCAAAUCCAGCAGGCUUUGAGGUUCAUACUGAUAUCCAAGAUCUUGAUAUUGAGGAUUAUUAUCGGAGGAUGAUUCAGGAAAAUCCCGGAAACCCUUCGGUUUUAAGCAAUUAUGCUCGUUUCUUACAACAGUCUAAAGGAGAUCUCGAGGGAGCUGAGGAACUAUAUUACAAGCCAUACAAGCUGACCCCCAGGAUGGUGAAACCAUGUCACAAUAUGCCAAAUUGGUCUGGGAUCUUCGCCAUGACCAUGACAAAGCUUCACACUACUUUGAGCUAGCAGUUGAAACUAAUCCUGGAAAUAGCAAUAUUCUUGCAGCAUAUGCUAGCUUUCUCUGGGAAACAGAAGAAUAUGAAGAUGACAACACAA